CUGGUCCAAUGUGACGAUGCAAUGAUAUUGCAUGGUUAGGGUGGUUUGCGUACAGAGCGUUAUUCCUUAUGGUGGGACUCUCUUUUUCUCUCUCGAAGGUUACUUUCUCGCAACAAACGCGCUUUUGUUCGCAGGAAACGCCACCUCAUACAACAAAAACAACACCUCAACCCCUUUUCAGUUUGCAUCCAACCAUUUCUGACUCAGAAUUUCGCAAACUAUUCCUUUGCUAGGUUCUUUCUUGCAUGCUCUCCUUUUAAGAAUAAUCACAGAGAUUAUUAAAACAAGGGGUCUCUGAAUUGUUGCUACAUCCUUCAUCAAAGUGAUGGCAGAGGAAAGUGAUGUUAACCAGUUAAAGUCUGAGAAAAUUGAGCCUGAAGAUGUUGAUGAAAAAGCAAAUCCUAAUGAGAGAUUAACCAUCACAAAAGUUCCACCAAAGAGUCUUUCGCGUUAUCUUAGUCCUCGAAAAAGUUCCUGCCAUGAUCUUUGCAAAUAUGGCAUCCCACAUGAAGCCAAACCAUGGAGUCCAACACAGAAAAGGGUUACCAAAAAGGAAAGAAAAACCAAAGUUCCACAAGAGAUGACUUCUUUGGAAGGUACAAAGAAAUCAGGAAGCAGUUCAAAGCCUUCUCAAACUUCAAAAAUUGAAAAGGCCAAUAUUCCUGUUGACACCAAGGAAGUAACAUAUGAAAAAACAGUCACGUCAGGGAAAAACUCACCACCUUAUGAAGAAACACAUGUUUCCUCGGAACAUAACAACAGUGACCUAAAGCAAGAACAGUCUGAGCCAUCUCUCCCAGUGAAGGAAUCUGCCGAGAGUCAAACAAAAAGGGAAAUAGUAAAAAAUAAGAGCCCUUCUGAUUCAAGCAGCAGAAAGAAAACUGAAAGCAGAAGCAAACAGAAAAAGACAUCUUUAACUGGAGUCAAGGAAAAACCAACUCCACCAAGUCUUCCCUUGUCUCCAAAACACAAUGUCAAGAAAUCUCAAAGCCUAAGCUCCAAGAGUUUCAUGAACAUGGCAAGAGAGUCCUCUCUGAAACCUCAAGACAAUGUUGAAGAAGUCACACCUGAACUAGCCAGCAGUGACAAUUUACCAGACAAUAUCUUGCAUGUCACUGAACCUGCCUCAGCAAAUUCAUCUGAGGACCCUACUGUGGCUUGUGAUGCAACUAGGUUGUCUUCACCCUCGCCUUCAUCAUCAGAGGAAAAAAGCUUGAAGCAUACCAAUGAAAAAACUGGCAAGUCUGCAGUGUCUGCAUCUUCAAGGAAGGGUCUUGGAUCUGUGGCUGGGAACAAAGAGAAGGUAAAUACGCGUAGUGUUUCACGAUCGCCAUCGGUAUCAUCAUAUGUUUCCUCUUCCGUGUCUUCCCUUCGGAAACAAAACAAUGCUACAUCUAAGUCCAACAAUAGAAUACAUCAUCAUCAAGGUGAAAAUGUGAAGAUGGGGUACAAAAUCAGGCCAAAAAUGAGCACCAAAGUUGGGGCAGCUAAUAAAGCUGUUGUUACAGCCCGAAAAUUGAAUUUUAGGAGAGGAAAAGUGAUUGAACUUCAGCCUCAGUGCAACAACGUUCCAAGGAGACUCAAAUUCAAGCCGACACGCAUUCUUGGUGAUGACAUGAGGAAAGACAUAAAUGUUGCUAGAAAAAAGACCAUUGUGGAUAAUAAAGUUGGUGGUGAUGGUGAGGUAAAUGCUGCUACUACAAAAUCAGAGAAAGAUGUGGCCAAACUCCAAACUGUGGAAGGAAGUAAAAGGAGAAUUGUCGGGAGGAAGGUUGGUGGGGAUAGGAGCAAGAUACAGGGUUCAAAAUCAGGUUCUGAUGAGAAAGUUGUCUUGAGACAUCAAAAAGUGGAAGGGAAGAAACAAAAUCCUCGUUUGUAUAAUAAUGUGAUUGAAGAGACCGCAAGCAUGCUUACUGAGCUAAGGAAGAGCAAGGUCAAGGCUCUAGUUGGUGCAUUUGAAACCGUGAUAUCUCUUGAUUCUCUUAGAGAGGCCACUGCCACGGAAGUAAGCACAAUUUGUUGAGUUACCUAAUACUUGUUCUGUAUUCAACUUCAACAUGCAUAUAACUGUGUUAUAGAGUGAUAAUUUACACAUGGGACAAAGAGGAAGACGUGGUUAUGAAAGUAACUUUGGUCUUAAGCCUUGGCCUUUGUGAAACUGCAACUGUUAGUGGUUUGGAUUUUUUUGGCCAAUGUUGUUAAUGGUCUUUCCUGUAUUUUACUGUUUUCCUUUGGUGUCAUUGAGAUUUGGGGAAUGAGACCGAUUUCACUGGAGUGUGUUGAGAUGUUAGGCUUUUUUUUUUGACAGAGGCUAUUGUUAAUGAUAUAGCAUUUCUGCUUUGAAUUAUCUGGAUAUGUGAUAACUCUUAUGCUAACACCAUUAUGCUUGUGUUGAGUGCCCAUUGUGUAUUUAUUUA